AGAGAGCGAUGAUCAACGCUGCUGCUGGUCAGCAGGUGACGCCAGUAGGUGCUGCAAUUAAAUUGCACUUUGCCUGCAAUAAUAACAACAAUAGUAGCAACAAUUCGAGCAGCAACUACAGUGGCCUUAAAACAAUGGAGCACAAAAUGAGCAACAACAAUAAUAAUAGGUGGCAAAAAAUCGAGUUAAUACGACGAAAAUUAUCAGAUGAAGCUGCUGCUGCUGCUCCCACUCCUGUUCCACCCAUGCCUAUGCAGCCAAUGGGCUUCUACAAGCCCACUCUAAGCGAGGAGAGCGAUGAUCAUCUGCCCAAUUCAAUUGCAGCAGCACCGCCGCCAUCAUCGGCACCAGCAGCAUCAGAGGAAGUGCCAGCACGACGCGUUGCUUGCCGUGGGCUAAGCCCCAUGCCGCCAGGAUCAGGACCUGUCCUGUGGGGAUUCGAAGAUACUAUUCUACCCUUUCGCGUAUCUGCAUAUUCAACAGCGAACGCCUUUCAGGGUGCUUUUCAAGGGAUUACAGGAGCUACAGUGGAGGCCACAAAACGGCUCUCGCCAGGAGCGGGAGUAGGAGCUGCUGGCCCCGCAAAGGUUACAGCCACAGCCACAAGUCUUCGCUGGCUGUCGAUGCCUGUGACCAGGAAGAAACCAUCACUGGCCAAAGCUGCAGCAGCUACUAUAACAGCUGGCCAGCUAAAGUCUCCCGGAGGAGCAGCAGUCCGGAGUGCCUUAGUAAACCCUCAGCCGCAGCGCACCGAGGACCAAGAAAAUGCCUUUCGACGCAUCGAAGAUGUGCACAACUAUGCCAAGCUGCAGGAUUGCAGCAGCGACGAUGCCGAUGACGACGAUGAUGACGUCGAUGACGAUGAAGAGGAGGAAGAGGAGCAGGAGCAGGAACAAGAACUGGGCGAGGAUGAAGAGGAAGACGAAGAGAAGGGGAUCCAGGUGCAGUUACCUGUGCAGCAAGUGGUAACCCGCAUUCGACGAGAGGACACUGAGGAGCAUGUGGACGUGGAUGUGGUGACUGUGCCGCCCCAGGAGCAGGAGCAUCCAUCGCAGCAGACUCAGCAGCAGCAGCAGGAUCAGGCAUUGGCGGACAGCAUCCGACCCGAACACCAUGCCCGCCGCCCAAUGAACGCGUUCCUUAUCUUCUGCAAGCGCCAUCGCGCCAUAGUCAAGGAGCGCUACAAAACCCUGGAGAAUCGAGCUAUCACCAAGAUACUGGGCGAUUGGUGGGCCGCACUCGAGGAGAAGGAGAAGCAGUGCUUCACAGAUCUGGCACAGCAGAACAAGGACGCCUUUUUCAAUGCAAAUCCCAACUUCAAGUGGUACAAAUUGCCGGCGCCGCCGCUGCGAACGCUGGCCACCCGUCCCAGCAAUGCGGCAACCGGUGGAGUCCUCCAUUCUUGCGAUGAUCAGGUCCAGCAGCAGGCACCUCCUCCUACUUCGGCCCAACAGCUGCAGCUGCAGUGGGCAGGAGCAGAGCGCGGCGCAAACGGCGUACCACUGGCCUUGUUGCGACGCAACUACUUUAAGCUUGCGGACGAGACCCAGAUGGGUGACCUGAGCUCCCUGCUCCAGGUUCAGGUGCCGGAGAAAGAUUACGCCUUGCAGCAGGUGCUCAGCGAGACCAGCCAGUUUCUAUCCGCCCAUAUGCCACCUGCUGGUGCUACCAAAACCGGAAGCGGGGCCAAGCGCUCCUUACCGGAUAGUACCUCUAGUAACUCUAGUGAGGAGGAGGCGGUGGCAGCAGCGGCGGCUGGUAUAUCGCCCAGCAAGAAGGCAAAGUCGUCGCGCUCCUGCAAGGGCAAGAUAUAUCAGGAACUGGUCAACUCCGGCCAACUUUCGGCCAUAGCCAAAAGCAAGAGUAAGACUCUUCGCACCCCGUCUGCUAAUUUAAUGAUCCUUGGAGGCGGCGGCGGUGGCGGUGGCAACUUUGUGGAUAUCUCAUUGCACGCAGCACCUAAUACGCCACCAGUGUCGCCGCCAGAAUGCCACAAGGACACAAGCAGUCCAGUGCAUCUAAGGAGUGUGUCCGAGUCGAGCAGCAGUGGUUUCUUUGAUCUGGAGGAGAAGAUUAAGGAGCUGCCGGCUUUGAGCCUGGAUGCCUAUCUGCAGCGCAAGCGUAGCAAAAAGAAGAAGAAGUUUAGCGGCAGCAAGAAGCAAAGAAACUCGAACAGCACCAGUGGAGUGGGAGCGGCUGAAGCAGGGACAGCGACUACCCCAGUGCCAGCCUCCGGCAAGGGAGCAGCAUCCGUGGCAGUCAACAGUGAUCUGGUACGGAUGAAGCAACAGCAGGCUGCUGCCGCUGUGGGCAGUCAGCGACGCAAGGCACGUAAGGAAAGCAUCACGCGGCGCGAUGUUAGCGCCAUCGAGCAGGAGGUGGCCUCCAUUCUGCCACUGACCAUCAACGGCUGCUACUACUUUGACCAGAGCGAUGCGCCCAGGGCGUUAAGCAACAAUGUCAAUUUUAAUGCCACCUCUUUAUCAUCAUCGCCAUCGUCGUCGUCGCCGCCACUCUCCUCAAACUCCUCAUCGUCGUCGUCAUCGCUGUCGCUCUCCUCACCGGCGGCCUACGACGUGAUGACCUCCUCUACCUCAGAUCUACUCAUUCUGGCCGAAGUGGCCGCCAAUCGCACUGAGCUGAACAGCAAGUUUAACUAGCGCCAGCAGCAUCACUAACACAACAACAGCAGCAACAGCAGCAACACCGCAACACACCACCAGCACCAAGUCGCUCCCUCUAGGACGGCCUCACUGUCCCCGAGGUAAUCUUUAUGCUUUUGCUUACUGUUAUUGGAAGAUAUGCUCUCUCCACCCUAGGCACGUUCUAAUUAUUAACGUUUUUUGAUUGAUUUAUGAAUUUCUGAAGCAGAAAUUCUACAAAAACUUGCAGAUAUAUUACAAAUAUAUUCUGCUUUUCAAAUUUGUUAACCAAAAAUGGAAGAGUAGAAGCAAAUGCAUAGCAUAUUAUAUUUUUUUCAUGAUCAAAAUCAAUUUGAAAUCGAAAUCUGGUGGCGACAUGGACACGGAGGGAAUUGGAGAAACAGACAGACAGAGACAUUCGUUGAUCUACAAUUUAGUCAAUAAUAUUAUGUAAAAAGCAGCGAAUUAUGUUUUUUUUUUACUUUAUUGUUAUGAUGGAUAGUGGGGACUACCUCUUCCUACUCCUCCAUCAAUUUCACACCCAUAUAUGCAUAUAUAUAUUUUUUUAUUUAGAUAUCUUGUUCUGUUUUUUGUUUUCUUGUUAAGUUUCUCCUUUGAAAUUGGGCCAGCGUUUAACAAUAACAACUUUAGCAGCCACAAUAACAAAAACAGCCGAACGCUCAUUAAAUGUUAAUUAUUAUAAUAAUAUUAUUUCUAAUAUGUAGUCGUAAUUUAUUGCUAUAUUUGUCAAAACGCAAACAAUUUGCAAACAAAAAUAAAUUAUUUUAAAGUCAAAUGCAACAUGGUUAUUUCAA